AUGCAGGGUCACGAAAGGUGCCUGAAACUCUUUCUUGCAUUUGCGCUGCUUUUGCUACAAUACGCCCAAGGAGGAGAGGUGGACCACAGUCAGAGGGAUACUAACGUGACCAGAAGGUGCAUAGAGAGGGAAAGGCAAGCACUCCUUGCAUUCAAACGUGGCCUGGUGGAUAAGUCUGAUUCCCUCUCUUCAUGGGGUUCAGAAGCCCAGAAACAAGAUUGUUGUAGAUGGAUUGGAGUCUAUUGCAGCAACCAAACAGGUCAUGUUAUUCAACUUGAUCUUUCAUACAAUAGCGAGUUCUAUAAUUUGCAAGGUAAGAUGAUUAGUCCUAAACUGAUUGAGUUGCAGCAUUUACAACAUUUGGACCUUACUGAGAUUGAUUUCAAUGGGAGCCAAUUUCCAAAAUUAUUUGGUUCUCUAACCAAUUUAAGAUACCUUGCUCUGUCUUCGACUAAUUUUGGAGGCAAGUUUCCAAGUCAGGUCGGAAAUCUUACAAACUUGGUGUAUCUGGACUUAAGUGGUAAUGACUUUACAAAUGUUGAAAAUCUCGAUUGCCUUCCUCUUCUUUCGUUGUUAAGAUAUUUGGACUUGAGUUCCGCGAAUCUCAGCAAUGUUUUCGAUUGGCUGGAAGCCGUUAAUAAGCUUCCUGAACUAACAAACUUGGCACUAAAGGGAUGUGAUCUUCCUUCUCCAAUUCUUUCCACUCUUUCUUACAUAAACUCUUCUAAAUCUCUUGUUAGCGUUGAUCUUUCUCUCAACCAUUUGAGUACUUCCUCAAUAUUUCUAUGGUUGUCCAACUAUACCAGCCUUGUUUAUCUUGACCUCUCUUUUAACCUUUUAGCCGGUUCAAUUCCUGAUGUUUUUGGAAACAUGGGCUCUUUGGCACAUCUUUAUCUCCUUCAUAACCAACUUGCAGGGUCAUUACCUAAUCUUACAAACCUUUCAUCUUUGGGAUUCUUGUUUCUUAGUAACAAUCAAUUAAGUGGAGUAAUUUCAGGAAUUCAUUUCUCAAAACUCUCCAAAUUACAUGUUAUGGAUCUAUCUUCUAACUCGCUAGUUUUAGACAUCCAUGCUGAUUGGAUUCCUCCUUUCCAACUGGACAGUAUAAUGUUGAGGUCUUGCAAGAUGGGUCCAGAUUUCCCAAAAUGGCUUCAAACUCAAAUUUCUUUAUCAUACCUUGAUAUUUCUGAUGCUGGAAUUUCCGACAUCCUUCCUAGUUGGUUUUGGAGUUCAUGUCGUAAUGUGAAAUUUAUGAAUCUCACAAACAACCAUAUUAGAGGUACAUUUGCAAAUUUGACAUUGGAAUUUUCAAAUUCCCCUGCACUAGAUCUGAGUUCGAACCAAUUGGAAGGUCCAAUCCCCUCAUUUCUAUCAAAAGCCUCAUAUCUGGAUCUGAGUUCGAACAAGUUGGAAGGUCCAAUCCCCUCAGUUCUAUUAAAAGCCUCAUAUCUGGAUCUCUCUAAUAAUAAAAUUUCCGGGUCAAUUUCGUUCUUGUGUUCAGGUGCAGCUAUUCGUUUAGGCUUUCUUAACCUCUCAACAAACAAUGUUUCUGGACUAGUUCCAGAUUGCUUGACACAUUUAGAGAGUCUAGUCAUGCUUGAUUUGAGUUACAAUGCUUUGUCCGGGAAAAUUCCUACAACAAUAGGCUCUGUAUUUCAGAUUGAAACACUCAAAUUAAGAAGCAAUAGAUUUGUGGGACAAUUGCCUUCAUCGUUGAAAAAUUGCACAAGUUUAAGAGUCGUUGAUGUUGGGGAUAAUAAAUUAUCCGGACCAAUACCCGAAUGGUUAGGGGUUAGCUUAAAGAAUUUGGUUAUCCUGAUGCUUUGGUCUAAUCACUUUAACGGAAGCCUGCCCUCACAAUUAUGCCAUCUAAUACGAAUUCAAAAUUUGGAUUUCUCAAUGAACAACAUCUCUGGAAGCAUACCUCCAUGCCUCAACAAUUUGACAGCUCUGUCUCAGAAAGUACAUUCAAGUCUAACCAGCGUGCAUACUUUUCCUUUCAUAUAUGUUAAGAAGAAACGUUAUUAUCUAUAUGAGGAUGAUGCCACCUUCAUAUGGAAAGGAAGAAUGCAGAUGUACAAAAGUAUUUUGGGAUUUGUGAAGAGAAUUGAUCUGUCAAGCAAUAGAUUAACAGGGGAGAUUCCAAGUGAAAUCACUCAUCUUGUUGAGUUGGUUUCUUUAAACCUAUCGGGAAACCAAUUAACAGGUCAAAUCACUCCAGAGAUUGGAAACUUGCAGUCACUGGAUGCCCUUGAUUUGUCAAGAAACCAGAUAGAAGGAAGAAUUCCAACAAGCCUUUCGCGGAUCGAUCGUCUUAGUUUCUUGGACUUGUCAUUUAACAACUUAUUUGGCGAAAUUCCAAUCGGGACUCAGCUCCAAGGCUUUGAUCCCUCUGUUUAUGCUGGAAAUCCUCAACUCUGUGGACCUCCACUUAAAAAGAUGUGUGCUGAUCAAAAUGUGCAAACUGACUUAAGCAAUCAAGAUAAGGAUAAGGAUGAGCUUAUAACACUGGGAUUUUACAUCAGUAUGGGGCUUGGGUUUGCUGCUGGAUUUUGGGGAGUUUGCGGCACUUUGAUAUUCAAGAGGUCAUGGAGAUACGCAUACUUCAAGUUCCUGAAUGGUUUAAAUGAUUGGCUUUAUGUGCGAGUAGCUAUGAUCAAGCGGCAACUAAAGGAUAUGUUUAAUAGAUAA